AUGGCAACGAUUUCUUUACCCCUCCAAUUCGCAGCGUCGUACACCAAUCUCGACCAGUAUCCAAACAAGGUCGUUCUCAGAUCUAAUCAUGGCAGUUCACAGCUCAGAGCACUCCGCGAUCGGCUACGGGCACGGGCGCCGAGACUCCUGGUCGGAGAUGCAGAUACACACAUACCGAUUAGAGACAUACUGUUGGAUGGGAAGGUGAAGAAGAACAACCUGGAUUCCGAUGAUGCCCUCAAGGAGUGGCUGGAUGAUCAUUCCACCUCAGAUCCCUUACAGCCGGAGCGAAGAAUCGGCGAGUCGGCAACUAAGGCAGAUCCAAGGUGUCGCUUUGUCUUCUUAACAGCCGACACUGUCACUUCUCCGCUGAAGAUCAGCUUGCGGAGCCUAGAGAGGUUAUUCAGCUACCAUCAGGUGUCCCCGAACUUUCUUGACUUCCUCGACGUGUAUGGUUCCCUCGCAGCCAAAGACAGCGAGCUACGGUUCAGUGGGUUUCGGGAGGAACUGUACCUGCAGAACCCGCACCCAGGGACCAUCUGUCCAGACCUUAGUCGAAGCGGGCGCCAUUUCCAACUGUGCUACAACCUGAAGACGGUGGUCUUGAAAGAUCCAGACCCGCAAUCCCUGAUUCCGUGGAAGAUCCGGCAGGACGUGAUCCACCAUCAGUUUGACGCCGGGACGGGAGUGCAGUUGUGGAUCUUCGGAGACCCUCACGCAGUGAUGCAGGCUCUAAUCGCAGAAGCAUUUAACGAGCACAAGAACUGCCGUGACAAAUUUGCUACUGUUUCCCAAUCAUUCAGGUCAAGCCUUGAAGUGCAUCUCGAAACGGCUCGGUGGGCGGCGGGGGGUUGGCGCCAACACAUCUUGUCCCUGGAAGAUAAGAUCGAGAAGCUGACGUCACCAUUCGUCUUUCAAACAGAUCCCUUGACGUCUCACAUCGAUCCAAGGGAUCUAUUCUUGGUCCAGGCAUAUGAGGACAAGACGAACGAGACGACCAUGGUGCUGGAAUCGAAUAUCGAUAACAUGGAGUCACUUUGCACCUUUUACCGGGAUCUCGUCAAGGAUGAAGGCUUCCCAAACCCGGAGCGCCAUCUAUGCUCUCAAAGCGUCAAGACGUUUUGCUCUCGGAUCCGCGAACUCACCUACGAUGGGAAGAUGCAAGUCCGACGCGCGCAGGUACUGGCUAAGAGAGUGGCCGACCAGAAGACAAUAUUCAUCCAGCUGCUCCAGACACAGGCGGGACUUCGAGCCGAGGGACUGUCAUCCAUCAUGUGGCGACAAGGGAAGAAGAACUCGUAUGAAGCGAUUGCGAUGCGGGUGAUUACGGUAAUCACUCUGCUAUACUUGCCACCAACCUUCGUCUCAACCAUCUUCAGCACAGAUAUAGUCAAGUACCAGGGAGACGAUGGCCAGUUGAACGUCGAAGCUUUCUCUUCCCUGGCGCUCCAACGCUGGCUCAUGGUCUGCUUGCCUUUGAUGGCGUUCACACUCUUGGCUGCCUUCGGCUGGUACUGGCAUGAGAGGGCUGAGAUUAGGAAGGACACUGCAAGACUUGAGGAGAACUACCCUGACACGUUUAACAAAAGCAUAUCGACCGACUCUUGGUAG